CGCACUUAUUGCUGACAUCCUCCACUCCCUCCACAUCAUCAUGGGCGCCAUCGAAAUCCCCCCCAUCCAAUAUACGCCCGUCGAAGAUGUCGCCGCCCGCGUCGCCCGCGUCCGCCAGACCUUCCACGAACACACCACUCGCGAUGUCGAAUACCGCCUGGUCCAGCUCCGCAAACUUUACUGGGCGAUCAAGGACCAUGCCGAGGAGAUGCACGAGGCCCUGCGCCUGGACCUGCACAAGCCCCUGUUCGAGUCGGAGAUGUCGGAGAGCCAUUGGAUGAUGAACGACAUCGUCUACAUCUGUCGCAAUUUGCACAAAUGGGUCCAGGAUGAGAAGGCCGAGGACAUCGACCUCUCGCUCCGACUCACCAACCCCGUCAUCCGGAAGGAUCCCCUCGGGUGCGUGCUGGUCAUCGGUGCGUUCAACUUCCCCUUCCAGUUGACCCUGGGCCCCGUGGCCGGCGCCAUCGCCGCCGGCAACACCGUCGUCAUCAAGCCCAGCGAGAAGCCCACCCACUGCGCCGUGGUGAUGCAGCGCAUCGUCGAGGCCGCCCUCGACCCCGCCGCCUACACCAUCGUCCAGGGCAGCAUCCCCCAGACCCAGGCCCUGCUCGCCGAGCGCUGGGACAAGAUCUUCUUCACCGGCAGCGCCAACGUCGGGCGCAUCGUCGCCAAGGCCGCCGCGCCGCAUCUCACCCCCGUCGUGCUGGAGCUGGGCGGCAUCAACCCGGCCAUCGUCACCAAGCAUGCCGACCCCCGCCUGGUCGCCCGCAGAAUGCUCUGGGCCAAGCUGAUGAACUCCGGCCAGCUGUGCACGUCGCAGAACUACCUGCUCGUCGAGCGCUCGAUGGUCGAUUCCGUCGUGGACGAGUUCGACAAGGCCUACAAGGAGUUCUACCCCCAGGGCGCCAAGGGCUCCGACGACUACUCGCGCAUCAUCGACCUCGAUGCCUUCCACCGCAUCAAGGGCAUGCUAGACAGCACCCAGGGCAAGAUCGUCGUGGGAGGCACCAUGGAUGAAAAGGAGCUCUUCAUUGAGCCCACCGUCAUCGUGCUGGACUCCGCCGACGACGCCCUGAUGACGCAGGAGAGCUUUGCCCCGCUGCUCCCCAUCCUCCCGGUCGACAGCGUCGACGAGGCCAUCAAGAUCGCCAACGGCAUCCAGUCCACCCCGCUGGGUCUGUACCCGUUCGCCUCCAAGGCGGAAACCGACCAGAUCAUCUCCCAAACCCGCUCCGGAGGCGUGGCCAUCAACGACGCCGCUCUGCACAUCCCGACGCUGCAGUUCGGCGGUGUUGGCGAGAGUGGCCAGGGCGCGUACCGCGGCAAGGCCAGUUUCGACGUCUGGGUGCACCGCCGUACCAUCACCACCAGCCCGGGCUGGAUGGAGACGUUCCUCAACAUCCGGUACCCGCCGUACGGCAACAAGAUCGAACUGUACAAGAAGGCGACCGUCCUGGCGCCCGACUUCGACCGCAGCGGAAAGAAGCUCCCCCUCGGCUGGCUCCGGUACAUGCUUACUGUGGGCGGCGGUACCCCCAAGUCCGGUGCUGCGCGCGCCACGGUCAUUGCUGCUGACCAGAGUGAAGGUGAAGUCCAUGAUGCAGCAUCGGCUUAAUGCUUCCGAUCUUUUUCUUCCACGACACCCUUUCCUCUUUUUUUCUUUUUUUCAAUUUUCUUACGACACCAUGUCUAUUUCAUCUCUCUAUCGUCUUUAUUUAGACAGAAUGGUUUUGAUCUGGAUAUCUGCUCACCAUCUCCCAGUUGCUUAUAUUCUGCGCCAUGUGCUCGAGCGCCGGUCCUCGAAGCUGUGAGUUACGCAAGCAAGUAAUGUGUAUUUCUAGUUUUUUCUUUUACUACAAUAUCCGUCAAUUUUUUACCUUUACUUUCACUUUUGAUGUACUGGGAUGGCUACAUAAGUUGCUACUUAGUUGGUGUUGAUUGAUGGGAUGUUCGAGUGGUUCUACAUGUUACCCACGGGGUGGUGGUCUGGUGCAGGCAGGCAGGUAGGUAUAGUAGGUAGG